GAAACUUGGACGAGUGGGUGGCGGCCGUCUAUUCUGGUUCUUGAUGAAGUCGUCGCACGCGCAACGGAAAUGCCGUCCCCGUCGUGUCUGAAAUCCUCAGCCCCGUCGGCGUCUCUUCUACGGUUUCUGCGUUCCCAGUCCGAAUCGCUUUUCUUCACAGCCAAUCCAACACCUCGCGGCAACCCUCGCCCACCGCCUCGGUUGUCUGCGCUCAGGGAUUUCACCAACAACUGCAAUCGAGUCGAAUCCUCACUAUCACAGGAACCCCUUCAAGCUAGUCUGCUACCUCUACCGAAUUUCUCAGCGAGAACUCGUAGUGGUGCACGAUGCCGAGCUUCUUUCACCCAACCUAUCUCCGCACCGGCAUCUCCCGUGCCUAAUGCGCAACCGUCGCGCACAGUGUCCACCAGAGACCGGUCGAUCUACCGCAGGCUCCUAGACUGGCGACGGAACAAGGCUGCGGAAAGUAGUAAUUAUGUGUGCAGCCCGCCGUCAUUGAUUGGAGACGGCACGGAGCCAGGCUUCACGCUCGGACGCGGAUUGGCUGCCAAGAUCACGAACGAGCCGCGACUGCGAUGUACGGAGUUUGAUAGCAAUGGAAAUGUGACUCUUGUGAACGGAGAGUUCAAAAAGAGUGAGCUGAUUGCCAAGUACGGUCUUCUUCCUCGGGAUCUCCGUAAGAUCGAUUCGUCAACUCUGCCUCAUAUUUUGGUCCGGCCUAGCGCAAUCCUUAUCAACCUUCUUCACCUCCGCGUCCUAAUCAAGGCCGAUCGGGUGCUUGUGUUUGAUGCUUACGGCUCAACCGAUUCCUAUAUGCAAUCCUUGUUCGUCUAUGAUCUGGAGGGCAAGCUGCGACAGAGACAGGCACAAAGCGCGGGCGCUUUGCCUUACGAAUUCCGGGCGCUCGAAGCUGUCUUGAUCAGUGUCACAAGUGGCUUGGAGGAGGAGUUCAACGGCGUCCGGGAGCCCGUUGUGCGCGUUCUGAGGGCUUUGGAAGAGGAUAUUGACAGAGAGAAAUUGCGGCAUCUGUUGAUCUAUUCGAAAAAGCUGGGUACUUUUGAGCAGAAGGCUCGGUUGGUGCGUGAUGCUAUCGAUGAUCUGCUGGAAGCGGAUGACGAUUUGGCUGCGAUGUACCUUACCGAGCGUGCGAAGAACAUCGAGCGUGAAGAGGACGAUCACCAGGAAGUCGAAAUGCUCCUGGAAUCUUAUCAUAAAGUAUGCGAUGAAAUUGUCCAGGCAAGCGGUAACUUGGUGACGGGAAUUCGCAACACGGAAGAAGUUGUUAAGGCGAUUCUUGAUGCUAACCGCAACUCGCUCAUGCUCCUCGACCUGAAAUUCAGCAUCGGUACUCUUGGACUUGCGACUGGAACUCUCUUCUCCGCGCUCUACGGGAUGAACUUGAAGAAUUUCAUCGAGGAGUCAGAUCUAGGAUUUGGCGCGGUCUCCGUUACUUGCUUUGCUAUCACGCUCGUUGUCUGCGUUUACGGAUUGGCGAAGCUGCGUAAGCUCCAGCGUGUUAGGAUGUGGGGUGAAGAUGGCGCAGGCGGCUCAUCUAUGGUUCAACUACCCACGAGGGGUGGUUUGGGCCAUCGACCAAAUUGGCGAGCUGAUACCAUCGAGCCUGUAUGGGGUAGUCUGCCUGGUGAAGCCCGCUCGGAUCGGCUGAAGCGCAUCAGGGACAGCUCAGUGGCGGCUGCUGUGAAGUCCGCCGCGGCACAGCGAGCAUCCUCGGCAUCAUCAGCCACGACCACCAACAUCCCUUCCAAGGCAGCAGCAGCUGAGCCUAAGGAGGCUUAGAGCUUUGAACAAUGAUUCAACCUUGAUGUCUCUUAUGUCCGCCAUGGACCGCCGCCACCGAUUCAGUGAUGGUGAUAUUCACGACCUUUUUAGAUCUGUCCUUUGUCAGUGAAUCGCAGACAAGGUGAAAUGGGCUCCCGCUUCGCUCAAUGUAAUAGAAAAGCAUGGUCGGAGUUCUUUUAGUGGGGAUCUUAUUUUGAUGCUCUGAUCAGCGGGUUAUGGUCUUCUGUUUAUCUCACAAGAACUCCCUUCUCAGUCUUAUGUUUCUUCUGAAGCUGAGCUCAGGC